AGGCGAACGUCACGCGCCCAUUCAGCCAAAGAUAAGACAAAAUACAAAUUACUAAAAUAAAAGCACAAGAUAAAUUUUACAAAUAUAAAAAAAUUACAUUAAUUAUCACGAACAGCCAACCAAAAUGUUCCCAAAAAAAUCGGUAGCGUUUGAGCGAAAGUUCUAGUGCGCAAUUCAAAAGUGUAUUUUAGUGCAAGUGAGAACCAGUGACAUGGAGAAGGUUAGCUGAUCGAAGGGCCAGCCGCGCUCGCCCAGGAAACGUUUGAUUCGACGCAUCAUGCAAGUGUUCGGCGAGUGGGCCCAAGUAGAGGUGGUGGAGUUGGUGAACGAUGGUUCAGGCCUUGCGUUUGGGAUCGUUGGCGGGCGGUCGUCGGGCGUCGUGGUCAAGAGCGUGCUGCCGGGCGGCGUGGCUGACAGGGAUGGGCGUCUACGCAGCGGCGAUAUGUUACUGCGCAUCGGCGCGGUGUCAGUGGUGGGGAUGUGCGCGCGGCAGGCGGCGGCCGUGCUGCGGCAGUGCGGCGCGUGCGUGCGCUUGCUGGUUGCUCGGCCGGCGCAUAGUAAUAUGCAGUCGCUGGGUGCAUCGCAAGCGCCGAUAGUUCCGUCUCGCUUACUCGCAGACCCCAUAGAGUUGGAGAAGAGACUGUCUGAUGCCGGCCAUGAUGGGUUUGGUGCGCUCUGUGAGGACACCACACCGGUAACACCACCGCCCACCAUCAUAGAGGAAACCUACCAUCAUAGGCCGGUAGCGUCCAUAGUAGCAGUAGUACCGCGUGAGGCGCUCGCCCCCUCCCCGCGCCCGCCUCUCAUCCCCGCACCACCACCGAAAGUUCCACCACCAUUACGAUUGCCCUUAGAUAUGGCGGUUCGAGGUACCGGGGAACCAGAAACGAUAAGCUACGAAGUGGACCUAAAUAAAGAUUCAGCGUUAGGUCUAGGCAUAACAGUCGCAGGAUAUGUUUGUGAACAAGAGGAAUUAAGCGGUAUAUUUGUGAAGAGUAUCAGCACUGGUAGUGCUGCAGACCUCUGUGGGAAGAUACAAGUCAACGAUAGGAUCGUUGAGGUGGACGGAGUACCAUUGCAUGGGGUGACGAACCAUCGCGCCGUCGCCCUGUUGAGAGACGCGAAGGGGCCCAUCGUUAAAUUGAAGGCCUUGAGGUAUCUCCGCGGCGUGGGCUACGAGCGACUGCAGAAGGCGCUGGCGGCGCAGGGCGGCCGCUCGCCCGUGCCGCCGCCCAGCCCCUCCGUCACCUCGCUCGCUAAGUAUAGCUUUAGUGUGUACGACGAAUCAACGGUGAUAGAAGUGGAGCCGGAAUCAGAAGUCCAACCGCACUUGCCCUCCCCCACCUCCCCCUCGGAGGAGGCUGAGAUAGUGAUAGGGAGGGAUGACGCGUGCGAGCGGGACGCGAGGCGUAUACAGGACAAGUGGCGGGAUGCGCUGCAGAGCGAGCCGGACUGGCCGGGACACCAGUACCAGUAUGACAUUAUUGUGGGUUCAAUAAUAAAGGAGAAGGACAGUGGUUUAGGUAUUUCAUUGGAAGGAACAGUGAGGGUAGUUGGCGGGAAGGAAGUUCAAGCGAGGCAUUACAUAAGAGCUAUAGCUCCUAAUGGGCCUGUGGCCAAGUUGGGGAUUUACCGCGUGGGAGACGAGCUGUUGGAGGUGAACGGUUGGCGGGUACUAGGCGCGCAUCACGUGGAGGUGGUGACGCGGCUGCGCGCCGUCGCCUCGCCCGUGCUCCUGGUCGUGGUGCGGAAGCGCAGCGAGCCCGCCAACGGGAUCGAGCCUAGCCUGGCGAGGAGCGGUAUACUGGGAGGUAGUCUGCAAGACUUGCUGGCUCCGCCACAAAGACUGAUCAAAGCGAAAUCGGAAAGUUCCGUCGCUUCUCUGUGCAGCGCGGCCACCGUGCUGUCAGCUGGCCAUGAACAUGAUGAAUUCUGUUCAGAUGACCUCGAGAGGAAUAGAUCGAGAUCCUUAGAGCCGCUGAGCUGGCUCGCGAUGUGGAGCGACCAUGUGGAAUAUAUUCAGCUUCUGAAGGAGGACAGAGGGCUUGGCUUCUCCAUAUUGGAUUACUUGGACCCCUCCGACCCGAGCAGUUCCGUGAUAGUGGUGCGCUCAGUGGUGCGCGGCGGCGCGGCGGCGCGCGACGGCCGCCUGGCGCCCGGCGACCGGCUCGUCGCCGUCAACGGGCGGGACGUGGCGCGCGCGCCCCUCGCCGUCGCCGUCGCCGCCAUCAAGAGUGCGCCUAGAGGCAUCGUCACGAUAGGUGUAUCGAAACCUCUUCCCUGCAGUACAGUGAUUGGCGGCGAACGAGCCAACGGUCCCAGCUUCCAAAACAGCCAGGAGUGCAUUAAUUCCUUGGCAUCGGAUGAUCACACGGGAAUGGAUUCGUUUCAUGAAUGUUUGCAAGAAUAUGGUGAGGGGCUCGAAGUGGUCCAAAUAUGCUUAGAACCAGAAGAACCAUCAAUCAAAGAUGAUGAGUUAUCGGCGUUAGCAGAUAUAAGCACAGAUGACUCACACAAGAAAGAUAAAUCCCUUGAAGAUGAUAAAAUCAUACUUAAUAUAGAUAACAAGGAAAACAAAGAAAAGGUUAAUGGGAUCGUUGCAUUGAAACUAUCAAAAUCUGAUGACUCUUUAGACGAUCAAGAUGAUGAUAUGACAAUAACCGAAGACGAUGUACGCAUUGGUCCAAGGGAAUUAAAUAUUCGUAGUAAGUCUGCUGAUAGAAGAGAAUUGAACGGUGAUAAAACUCUAUCGAAGCAAUACAGCAAAGAUAUAUCUACGUCCGACGAAAUGGUGUUUGCGGUUACACCAACUGGCUUAGAAAGAAUCAGCUAUGAAAAGUACUGGAAAGAAUGCGAUGGCAAUAAAGAAAAAAUAACGAAUGAUGAAAGCUGGAAAGAAUGUUUAAAUUCACCCACGGAUGAAACUACGAGUUUUUAUGACACGACCACACGAAUUUCCGUCCAGGAAGAAAACAAUUCGCUGCUGUACAUUGACCAUGAAAUAGACGGUUACGAAACAUGUCUUGACGACGAUUCAACGUCCGUUAAGUGCUCAGAAAAAAACGGUCAUAAAAUCAACGGAGAUCGCGAGAUCAAAGAGUUGGAUAAACACGAUAAAAUAACUAUUAGAAACAAAGACAACGAUAUGUGUGCCAAAACUGUUAACGAUCAGAACACUGCCAAUUCCAUAGAGGAUGUGUCGUCUUACCCAUAUGUAGAGGAACAUAUAAUUAAACAAAUGAAAUCGUUGAGAAUAGAACCCCUUAAUGUUAACAUUACAAGCAAUAAAAAGGUUAGGAAAAAGAGUCCGACUAAGCCGUCCAAAAAUGAGCGUCGAUGUAUCGAAUACUACAACGACCAAGAUGAAUGUUUGGAGGAGAUAAGAAGGAAGAAACUGGAAGAGGAAGAGAAAAGGUGUAGAGAGGACAAGCGGAAAAUAUUAGAAAAUAACAAAGGUGUUAUGGAGAAGAAGUUGCAGUUGAAGAAACAGGAUCCGAGUGAAGAGUCCAGUGACCAAGAGGCGUAUGAGCCGGGGUGUCACAAGUGUUUCUUAGAGAACUAUGCGUAUGCGUUAACGAAGGCGUAUAUAGCGGCGGCGGCAUGCAAGUACUGUGACGUCAUAAGGGAUGUGAUAGAACCGCCCAAAGCGAUACCCCACAGGCGUAUGUCGGCUCCCGCCUCCUUGAGCCUCGACAGCCCAGCUUCUGAGACCGAUUGUGAUGAUUACUUGAUGGUGCCUGGAGAGAGGAAAAGGAGAAAGUCCGCUGGUCCUUUGAAAUUUCUUGUGCCUUCUAGAAGACCCAGCUUCGUACCAAACAUGACAGUGACGGUGUCACCCGACCGAAGGGACUCGUCCGCGCAACGCUGGGGUCCCCCGCGGCGCGUCACACUCAAGAGAGGCCCCGGGGCCCCGCUGGGGGUCAGCAUUGUUGGUGGGAAGGUGGAUAUAAUAUCCGGUCGUGAAGAUGCAAACGGUAACGAUAAAGGAAUCUUCGGCAUCUUCAUCAAGAAUGUGGUGCCUGACAGUCCAGCGGGGAGGUGCGGAGACUUACGAGCUGGUGAUAGAAUAUUGGAGGUUGAUGGUGUGUGUGUGCGGACUGCUCAACAUGAAAGAGCUGUGCAGUUAAUAAAGGCAGCUGGAAGCAUAGUAACACUCACUGUACAGAGCUUGAUGACAUGGAAUACGGAUUCGUCAGACUCAUCGCCGCCGGUUGUUACUGCAAGACCUUCUAUGAAGAAAACUCGAGCCCCGCCCGCGCCGCAGCAACAUGAUAUUAAAAUAACCGUAACAUCAGAUUCAGACACACCCAAAGAGAAAAGAGAACCAACUGAAAACGGCAUUGAUGAAGAAAAAGAAACUGAAGCGAAACCAAAGAAAGUUUAUUCAGAUUCUGAAGAGAGCAGCGAUGAGGAAGAUGAAAGGGAACUUCAGGGGAGGACUUAUUCUGAAAAAGGAGUUGAAAUCGAUCGAGCAUCAGCUGGAGCGAUCAAGCGCAGCAGAGAAGAGAAGGAAGCUGACCCAGAGGAAGAAGAUGACUUCGGCUACACUACAAAUAAAAUAAAGAAGAAAUAUGGCCCGCUCGGCGACAGCGUGGUGGUGGUCAAACUGGAGAAGACAGCCAAGUUCGGUCUGGGGCUCAGUCUGGCUGGGCACCGGGACAGAAGCAGGAUGGCCGUGUUCAUCUGCGGGAUACACCCAGCUGGUGCGGCGGCGAAGUCGUCACCGCCCGUUAAAGUGGGAGACGAGAUCUUGGAGGUGAAUGGAAUCGUGCUUCACGGAAGAUGUCACUUGAACGCGUCUGCCAUCAUAAAGGGUCUGAUGGGACCAGUGUAUAAGAUCAUCCUACUGAGACGCAAAUCCGCUUUAGAAGAUGUUGCUGUGAAACCCCUCACGCAAUUCCCUACCGCCCUUGAAGAAGAGCCGGACGACCGCUUCGCAAACUACAAAGGAGUACGAGAUAUAACUAUCAAAAAGGGUCCAGCCGGUCUGGGUAUUAUGAUAAUAGAGGGCAGACAUACAGAAGCCGGGCGAGGUAUCUUCGUUUCAGAUUUACAAGAAGGAAGCGCUGCAGAACAAGCGGGUUUGAACAUCGGUGAUAUGAUUCUUGCUGUCAACAGAGACUCCUUGCUGAGUUGCACCUAUGACGCGGCGGCAGCGAAACUCAAACAGACUGAAGGUGUUGUCAUAUUAACAGUAUGCAGUCCCAAUAUGAAAGAUCCUGACAAAGCUGAUGAGUCUGGAACCUCAGGAGUGAGCGGAAGUCAAACGCCGAGCGGUACUCCGAAGCCAGCGCCCUCUCCGGCGAAACCGGAGCCGCCAGCGGACCCCGCCACGGCCCAGCCGCGCCCCAACCAGGACACCGUCAUUGAGAUCAACUCCAACAACGAAGUGCUGGGUAUCCUGCUAGUGGGGGGGAGUGAUACUUUGCUUAGUGGUCCAGCAGCGGUUAUAUUAGACAUUUAUAAAAACGGCUGCAUAGCUAAAGAUGGCCGCCUGAAGCCCGGAGAUCAAAUCAAGGACUGCAACGGAAUCACUAUUACUAAGGAAAUGACGUAUGAAAGAAUGUGUCUGUCCAUUAAGCAGAAGGCCCCUAAGCUGAAAAUGAACAUCCACCGGCCGGAGCCGAUCGCGUACGAUGAGAUAGAAGUGGAGCUGACGAAGAAGGCGGGUCGCGCGCUCGGGCUCGCCUGCGUGCAACCCGUCACCGGCGAGGGCGUAUACCUGGGGGAGCUGCUGGCCGGCUCCCCCGCGGAGGUGGACGGGCGGCUGCAGCGCGGCGACUGGCUGGCGGCGGUGGACGGGCGCGACGUGGCGCGCGCCGACGCCGCCGCCGCCGCGCAGGCGCUCAAGCUCGCUAGCAACAAGGUCAACAUUAAGGUCAAACGGUUUAAGAUCAAGGGGUAGGAUCGCUUCUCGGUCUUCGGUCACCUGGUCGCUUGUCGCGUAGUCGGUUGUUGAAACAUCAGAGAAUGAGGUAUAAUUGAGUCAUAGUAAGCGUGUGUGUGAAAUGAGUUUUUAACAGCUUCCGGAUGAGAUAGUUUUGUUUAAUUUAAAGGAUUAUGUGUGAGAAAAUCAAAGGGUAGGAUCGUUGACAAGUUCGCUGAAACAUCGGAGGAUGAGAAUAUAAUUGAGUCAUAGUUGUGUGUGAAAUAAGUUUUUCACAGCUUCCCGAUGAGACCUGUUUGCUUAAGUUAAAAUGUAAUAAUGGAAAUUUACGUUGGAACUUGAUAAAUAGGCUAAAGAGCACGUGGUGGUGAAAUCGGCCCGGAAUAGAUUUCGUUGCUAAAUGUUCGUGUGGCCGGUUUCUCUGCUUCUGGAAGGUUCUUUGAUAUAUAUAUUAUAAUUGAACACUGACAGCCAAUUCCGCAUAUGAAUAUGAAGCUCUAAAAUGAAGAAAAUGUUAAAUAGGCUAUAAAACUAAAGGUUGAGCGAAACCGAUCAUAAGGUCAUUUCUAGCAGAUUUUUGUAUUGUCAGCAGUAUAAAACUUUUGUCGCAUGUGUGUGAUGGAUGUGGUGUUGGGUAUUGACCGUGUUAUUGUUGACUAAAAUAUAGUUACAAAACUUCCCAUCACAUGAAAGAAACAAAGGCAGAAAUAUGUAUAUUUUCUUUUAUUAAAACCAUACGCUUUUAGAAUCGAACAAUAUAAAUAAAUCGAUAUACUGUGUUGCGAUUUUUUGAAUUAUACGACAAUGAACCAACUCCAUAACUACAUUGAAAAGUUUUUAAUCGAUGAUAUGUACAUGGAAUUGUAUUUAUAUUCCAUUUCUUUAUAUGUUAAUAACUUACAUUUUAUUGGUUAGAAUUUUUGAAAGUACAUUGCAUAACAAUGUUGAUAGGUAUAUUACAUUGCAUUUAAUCUUUCAAAAGCUUUUCAUAAUCUUUUUUAUUUGAAGUUUUUGUUCAGAAAUAGGGUACCUAAUAUAAUGAAAGCGUAUGGUCAUAUUAAAUUUUGUUCUAUGAAUAUUUUUGUACUUAUAAAACAAUUUUUCACUUGUUAAAUAAAAAAGAAGUUACCUUAUCUUCAAACUGUUUCACAAUUAAAACAAAUAUUAUUGCAAUUUAUGAAUUCCGCUAUAAUUAUUUUUUUCUAUACAAAUUCAUAAUGUAUACUUAAUAUAUAUUAUUAUAAAAACCUUAUAUUUGGGCUAGUGUGUAAUUAUUUUUAUAUAUAAGAAAAUUGAUUGAGCUUUUAUUAGGAGCACCUUUGUUAUGCGAUUUCAUUUUCUUUAAACGUAUAUAAAAUAAGACAAUAUUAUAUUUAUCUCGGUCUAUUUUUGAACCAACUCUAAAAUAUUAGAUUUCAAAAUAAUUUUAAAAUUGUCGUAAAAUCUACUAUCUAUCCGUUUAAUUAUGAAAGAUUCAGUAUUGCUUGUUAUUUAGAUCUGUUUUAAGUUUAAUUAAGAUGAAAUAUUUUUAGGCCGAUAAAACCCUUUGUUAGUAGCAUUUUUCAGUAUUGUUUUAGACAUACUGUCGAGACCUAAUUAAGGUUUCUAGUAAUCUAGAUAUGAAGAUGUAAUAAUAUUUUUAAUCAGUUAUGACGUGAUAAAGCAAUUUUGAUAUAUGUACCUUUUAGACGAAUAAUAAUUAAUUAGUGCAAUUUUAUAUUUACGUUGAUUGUAACAAGAAAUUACAAAAAUAUAAAUGUAUAGCAAGCACUAACCUACUUGCCAACGAUGAAUCGCAAAUAAUCUAGAUUUUAAAUAUGCUUAAAAACUCUAGUCUGAACCUAAUUUCAUAGUAUUUUAAUAAUAUUUUAGGCUUUAUAUUAUUAGUUUAGAUUUAGUUCCAUAUGUGAAAAUAAAUGAAAAAUUAAAUCGCCAAUAAUGUUGAAAGAAAAUAUGUUGUUAUUAAGUUUUGUGCAAUUUAGAAGUACAAUUUAGAAAAAUAUAAAGUAUGACUAAUGAAUUUACACUGAUAUUGCAAAAUACGAGGCAAAAACGUUAACAAAAUAUGUAUAUCUAUAUCUUAGCAAUUAGGUUUUCUAUAAUUAAAAAUUCAAUGAGAGUUGCAUCCAACAAGUCUUCUCUAUUUUUAUUAAAACCGUUAUCAAAGGUAUGUAUCACUGGUUUUAAACAUUGUACUCUUAAAGAAUAUUUCAACGUACUGCAAAAUAAAUAUUAUGUUGCGUAGGGUGCAAUAAUGUGGGUGAAAUAAAAUAUUUUAAAUUUCGAUUCGAAUAUUCGAAACUACAGAUAAUCAAGAACCGAAAAAAUCAACACAUACAAACUCUUUGGUGACUGUUAAUCUCUUAAAAAAAUAACAUGUUCUUUAUUUAUUAUUGCUGUAUGUGAUAUAAAAAAAAAAA